AUGUGGAAAAGCACUCUUCGACUAAAUGUGCUGCCCCAAUUAAGAUGCUUCACAAAACGCCGAUUUUGGAGCCUGUUUAGUCUUGAAGAGGUUGACGCGCCGAAAAGAGAAUCAAUCCAUCCUAAUACCCCAGCACGUACUAGAUUUGCACCAUCACCAACAGGAUUUCUCCAUCUUGGAUCAUUACGAACGGCAUUGUACAAUUACUUGCUUGCCAAAAAUACAGGCGGUAAGUUUGUUGUCCGAAUUGAGGAUACUGAUCAGAACAGAUUGGUGGAAGGAGCAGAGCAGAACAUAUUUGAUACUUUAAAAUGGUGCAAGUUGGACAUUGAUGAGAGUCCUAUACGUGGUGGGCCAUAUGGACCGUAUAGGCAAUCGGAGCGCAAAGAGAUAUAUCAGAAGUAUGCAAAGAUUUUAUUAGACAAGGGGAUGGCUUAUAAAUGCUAUUGCUCAAAAGACAGGCUACUUCAAUUGCGAGAAAGUGCAAAAUUAUUGAAACCACCGACAAAUGUGACGUACGAUAGAAAGUGUCUCAGUAACCAUGACCAAAGUGAAGAUUCCUUUAUUAUCAGAUUCAAGUCGCCGUACAAUUAUCCUAGAGUAACUGACUUGCUACAUGGAGAGUUGAAUUUGCAACCACAAUAUAACUCCAAAGAUCAACGCUAUGAUGAUUUUGUAAUUAUUAAAAACGACGGCAUGCCAACAUACCACUUUGCAAAUGUCGUUGACGAUCACCUUAUGAAAAUUACCCACGUGAUCCGGGGAGAAGAAUGGUUACCCUCCACCCCAAAACAUAUUGCAUUGUACGAUGCAUUUGGUUGGACACCACCAAAAUAUAUACAUAUUCCCUUAUUGACCUCACUUCAAGACAAGAAGUUGUCUAAAAGGAAGGGUGACUUCAACAUAUUGCUGUUGCAAGAACAAGGUAUACUACCAGAGGCGUUGGUUAAUUUUGUUGCGUUAUUCGGAUGGGCUCCACCAAGGGAAUUAAAUGUAAGAACAAGUGAAAUUUUCAACUUGGAUGAAUUGGUGAAACAGUUUUCGUUGGAUCAGUUGACUAAGGGUAAUACCAAGGUGAGUGACUCGAAGUUGCAUUUUUUCCAAAAGGAGCAUUUCCAAAGGACACUUCAAAAUGAGGAGGCGUUCAGACAGUUGAUAGACGAAUUUUACCCUGAAUUCAAAAUUUUGAGCAAGGGCAAGAGCAAGGGGUACCUUUUGACUUUGUUUCACCACCUUGGUCCAAAUUUGGACAAUAUUCAUGGUGUGGCUGAUCACAAAUACCUUUUCGAUGAUGUUGAUUACACGCAGGUGAAACCACCGAAAGACACCAAUCAAGCGAAACAAAUUGUUGACAAUAUUUUAAAACAUGGCCUUGACAAUGCCGUAGAUAGACUAGCCUCACAAGGAAUUCAAAAAAAAACGACUUUCAUGACUUUGAGAGCAGCUCUUAGUGGAGGUAAACCAGGAUUGCCAAUCCCAGCAUUGAUAUCACUACUAGGAGAGAAAGAGUGUUUGAAACGAAUAGCUUCAUAUGAAACUACUAUAUUGUAA